GCGCGGUUAGCCCGCCUUCUCCGACGCGGAUUGGCCCGCGGCGCGACCUGUCGGUCGCGGUUGUGUCUGGGAAGGAGAGAAAAUGGCGGCGGAGCCGAGCAAGACCGAAAUCCAGACUCUUUUUAAGAGGCUUCGUUCAGUUCCCACCAACAAGGCAUGUUUCGAUUGUGGCGCCAAGAGUCCGAGUUGGGCCAGCAUCACGUACGGUGUGUUUUUGUGUAUUGAUUGCUCCGGAGUGCAUCGCUCCCUGGGUGUCCAUCUCAGCUUUGUGAGGUCCACAGAGUUGGAUUCGAACUGGAGCUGGUUGCAGCUGAGGUGUAUGCAGGUCGGCGGGAAUGCUAAUGCGACUGCUUUUUUUCGCCAACAUGGAUGUAUGGCCAAUGAUGCUAACACGAAGUAUAAUAGCCGAGCUGCCCAGAUGUACCGAGAGAAGAUCCGGCAGUUAGGGAGUGCAGCUCUAGCUAGGCAUGGCACUGAUCUUUGGAUAGACAAUAUGAGCAAUGCUCCUAGUCACUCUCCAGAGAAGAAAGACUCUGAUUUCUUCACAGAACAUACUCAGGCCCCUGUCUGGGAUACAGCAGACACUGAGACUUCAGGGACCCAGCAACCAGCCUUAUCUUCAGAGAGCAGUAUCCCAGCACAACCUGAACAUGGCCCUAACACUGACCUCCUUGGAACCUCACCCCAAGCUUCUCUGGAGUCCAUGUAUCUGUCAGCUAAAGGGGCCUCUUCUGCCAGAGCUCAUGCCCACCCUCUUCCUCACACAGAACUGAAAAGCUCCAUUAUUGGCAAGAAGAAGCCAGCAGCAGCUAAGAAAGGGCUGGGUGCCAAGAAAGGCCUGGGAGCUCAGAAGGUGAGUAACCAGAGCUUUACUGAGAUUGAGCGGCAGGCCCAGGUGGCAGAGAAGCUCCGGGAGCAGCAGGCAGCUGAUGCCAAGAAACAGGCAGAAGAGUCCAUGGUUGCCUCCAUGCGUCUGGCCUACCAGGAGCUCCAGAUUGAUCGCAAGAAGGAAGAAAAAAAAUUACAGAACCUUGAAGGAAAGAAACGAGAGCAGGCUGAAAGGCUGGGCAUGGGCUUGGUGUCCCGAAGCUCCAUUUCCCACUCUGUGCUGUCUGAGAUGCAGGUGAUUGAGCAGGAAACCCCGCUGAGUGCAAAGUCUUCCCGUUCACAGCUUGACUUGUUUGAUGAUGUUGGAACUUUCGCCUCUGGACCCCCAAAGUACAAGGACAACCCCUUUUCCUUGGGAGAAACUUUUGGUUCCCGCUGGGAUUCAGAUGCAGCCUGGGGUAUGGACCGGGUAGAAGAGAAGGAACCUGAAGUAACCAUCUCCAGCAUCCGGCCUAUUUCAGAAAGAACCACCAGUCGGAGGGAAGUGGAGAGCCGGAGCUCAGGUCCUGAGUCCAGUGAAGCUCGUGAGAAGUUUGCAGGAGCCAAAGCCAUCUCAUCUGACAUGUUCUUUGGUCGCGAGGUGGAUUCUGAGUAUGAAGCCAGGUCCCGGUUACAGCAGCUCUCGGGCAGCAGUGCCAUCAGCUCUUCAGACCUCUUUGGGGACAUGGAUGGAGCUCAUGGAGGAGGAACUGUGUCUCUGGGGAAUGUACUUCCUACAGCUGACAUUGCCCAGUUUAAGCAGGGUGUCAAGUCUGUGGCCGGCAAGAUGGCAGUGCUGGCCAAUGGUGUGAUGAAUUCUUUACAGGAUCGCUACGGUUCCUACUGAUCCAGGCUCCAUGGCUCAGGCCUGUGGUGACAGCAAGAACCCUGGUUCCCAGGCCAGGGAUGUCUGCCUUGUGGAACUGGGCAUUUGUUGACUUCUGUAUGUGGUGUGAGUUGGGUGGCUUUGGAGGAUCUUGGCGAGGGGAAUGGUCAGCAUCAGCCCUUGUCCUUUGCUUGCACAUGAGUCCUUGUCCUCACCCCUCACACUCUCCUCUCCAUGCCAGUGUUCUUCCUUCCUGUCCUGUCCCAAAGCUGCUGCUACUUAGCCUGUUGCACUGGGAGUGGGGGAGGAGUUCCAUCAGGAUGGCUUUAUGGGUCUAGCUCUUCCCCAAGUAGGGAAGGCAUGAGUCUUCUGCAGGCUUUAAGAUCCAUGUAGGUGGUCUGGAGGUCUGGGCCUCCUCAUCUUCUAGAAACACGGGAGGCCUAGCAAGAGUUGUGCUGUAUCAGCCCUCAGGGAGAAGUACUGGACUUGCCACAGCUUACUGUCAGUGGCCUCUUAUGGAUUCCAGGGGAGGAUGGGUUAGGAGAAAGACCCUGGUAAUUCACUAAGGGCUAGAACUUUUGCUUGGGUUUGUUUGGGAUCAGCCUGGAGGCCUGAGCAACCUUCUUUUUCACCACUGUCCCUUGGAGGCUGACUUCUGCCUCGGUGUCCAGGAGCCCUUAUCUACCACUGUUGUGGGUCAUAGCACCCUGUCUAUGCUUGAGAUCUUAUCCUUUUGUGUCCUGCUUGGCACCCAUGGUGGGGUAUCAUCUGUGGUCCUACCUGGAUGCUGUGAACCUGCUACUGGCUGAGGAAGCUGAGGCUCUGAAAGAAAGAAGCCCCUGGAGCUCAGCUUUCAUCCUUUGCAUCACUCUGGGUUUAGGGGUCCUGGACAGCACCCCACCAGUCAGUGAGAGCUUGAGGACUUGCAGCUGCAGGCCCCAUCCUCUGGCAGCUGGGCCAUGCACUGUGUCAUCCUUGGUGCCAUCUCCUCCUGCCAUGCUGGCAGUCUGGGCCCAACCCUACCUGUGGAUUGCAGGUUGGGCUCCCAAACAACACAGACCACUCUUCCCUCAUCCCUCCCCAGAGGGACAUGACUUUCUUUCAGCACUGUUUGUAUUGAAACAAAGUGGUGUCGAAAUAAAGCCCCCACGGGGCCCUGUGGGUCA